AUGCCCGUGCCGCUGCCCAGGAAGAGCCACACGGGGAAGAACAAGGUGCGGCCUGUGAAGACCCUCUACGACUGCCAGGCAGACAAGGACGACGAGCUGACCUUCCUCGAGGGCGAGGUGACUGUCCUCACGGGGGAGCAGGAGCAGGAGUGGUGGAUCAGCCACAUCGAGGGAGAGCCUGAAAGGAAAGGGGUCUUUCCUGUGUCCUACGUCCAUAUCCUGGCCGACUAG